AUGUCUCACUUUCUUAUUUUACUUGUCUGCUUUAUUCUAUUUCGUGAUUCGUUGAAUACUGUUCAAAUUCUUGGUCUUUUUCCUGAAUAUCAUCAUGCACCUUCUCAGUAUUCGGAUGCAGAUCAAAGUUCCCAUUGGACAACUCAAUCUAUGGAAAUGUUUCGCGCAGCUAUUACUCUUGCCGAUCGCUACAAGAUCUAUGUGGGUGGUAAUCCUAUCAAUUAUACUAUUCUUCAGACAAAUAGUAAUGGAUUUGCCGAACUUGAACUCGUCUGUCGAUCAAUUACUAAUACAACAGUACCCGAUAUUCUAGGUGUUGUCGGACCAACAACUUCAACUAAUGCACGUUAUAUUGGUCCAUUUGUGGCACGUAUAGGUUUACCACUUGUUUCUUACACAGCAACUCAUGCUGCUCUUGACGAUAAAUCUAACUAUCCAACAUUUUAUCGUACUAUUCCUUCGGAUAUUCUUCUAGCUGAAGCUAUUGUGAAAUUGUUCAAAUAUUUUUCGUGGGAAACUUGUUCAAUGAUUAUUGGAAAUGAUGAUUAUGGUUAUGGUGGAUUGAAGCUAAUAUCAGAAGUUUAUUAUGCAAAUUUGUCAAUUAAAGAACGAUUAAUAUUUGAUCCACAAAGUGAUAAAUAUCAAGCUGAUUUAAAGCAAACAUUAGAAAAAAGUCAAUCUCGUAUUGUACUAGUCUGGGCUAAUCAUAGUUCAUGUACAAAAAUUAUUCAACAUGCACUUCAUGCAGGACUUCUUAGAAGAAACUAUGUAUGGAUAACAACAAAUAAGAUUGAUUUCAAUAUGUUCGAACAAAAUGAGUGGUUUAAUUUAAGUGGUAUUCUUACUGUAGUACCUUUCAUAGGUAAUAGUAGUGCCUUUGGUGUUAACGAAACAUUACAAAAAGAAGCUUUCGAUGUUUGGCGUAAUUUAUCACAUAAUAAAAACAGUGUUCCAAAACUUGCAUCUGCUGUCAGUCAAGAAGCAAUGUAUACAUUUGAUGCUGUUUGGGCUUUAAUUCAAGCAUUAAACAAAUCAGUGCUUCACAAUAAACCACCGUCGAUGAAUAAAUCAUUGGCUUGUUUUGAUAAUUUCUUACAAAAUCAUGAUGAGUAUCUUAACCAUCUAAAAAUGACUCGUUUUUACGGCGUGUCAGGAAAUGUUCAAUUUUCUAAAGCUAAUUCAGAUGAUUGUACUCAUGGUGUCAUGUAUGGACUCUACAAUAUACAACCGAUGAAGUUGAAAAACAGUGAAGAAACACAAAAACCAACCUAUAUAAAAGUAUUGACAUGGUAUGAAACAACUAGUCAACAUUUGCAAAUUCUCGUCAUUGAAGCACAUCCAUUCGUUAUAGUACACAAUUCUUCGACUGAUAAUCAAUCCUCAAACUAUGAUACAAACUUAGAACAAGUCAGUUCUCGUUUUGAUCCUAUGAAAACUAACGAUCCAAAAAUUUUUAUUUAUGGAUUUGUUGCUGAUUUCAUUCGUGAACUCGAGAGGCAUAUGCAUUUUACUUACACAAUUCAUGUAGCUGAUCCAACAACGGCCUAUCAUUCUCUUAUUACAUUAGUAGCAGGAGAUAAUCGUCAAUAUGAUAUGAUUUUAUCUAAUAUUGCAAUGACUUCAGAUCGUAUGCUUAAAGUUGACUUUUCAACACCUUUUUACGAUAAUACUUUUCGAAUUAUUACUCGAUUAAAUCCAUAUUCAUCACCACUUAGUCUUUUCUCAUGUUUUAAUCCAUUUACUUGGGAUGUAUGGGUAGCAAUAUUUGUAGUUAUAAUUUAUUCAAGUAUUAUUAUUUAUAUUUUUGAAUAUCAAAAUGGAAACAUUGAAAAUAGUCAACCUGAAUUAAAGGCUAUUUGUACUGGUAUAUUUCAUGGAUUAAUUAGUAUUUUAAUCAUGAAUGGUGAUAUACGUUUAACAACGACUUCAAGUCGAUUAACAAUUUUAGGUUUAUAUGCAUUAGGUGUUAUUCUUAUUGCAACAUAUACAGCUAAUCUUUCAUCUUUUCUUACGUUACAUCGUGGUAAACCAUUUAUUUCUGGUAUUGAUGAUAUCAAAAAUGGUCUUUUACCUUUUUCACGUAUUGGUAUUGUUAGCAAUACGUCUGUAUCCGAUUAUUAUAUACGAAAUAUUUCUACUAAAUACUAUUCCCUUACAACAGUUGCAGAUACGUACCCGCGAUUACUUGAUUAUACAAUUGAUGCAUCUAUAUGUGAUUCAUCUGUACUUGAAUAUGCUGUCAACAAUUAUUAUUGUGAUGAAUUAACUUUAACUGGUGUUAGUUUUGUUAAAUCACCAUUUGCUAUUGCGUUACCUAAAGAUUGGCUAUACAAGACAGAUUUAGAUCGCAAUAUAUUAGCAUUACGUGAAUCAGGAAAAUUAGAAUCAUUAGAAAAUACGUGGAUAAAUCAUCGAGCAUGUUCAUUGUCGUCAUCAUCAUCAUCAUCAUCAAGCAGUUUGGAUCAAGUUAAUGAUCAAAACAGUGGAACGUUUUCACUCAAUGUCUUAGGUGGACUCUUUCUUACAUUUUUUAUAAUAACUGCGAUUGCUUUUGGCUUUCAUUUAUGGAAUUGUCGAGUAGUUAUCAUCAACACAUUUCAUCAGACAAUGAAACGAAUAAAACUACCGAUAAGACUAAUGCCAAUAAGAUGUUAA